AUGCCAUCACAGAGAUCUCAAAAUUUUUCUUCUUCUCCUCUGUGUAUUCCCCUAUCCAAGUUUUCCUAUGCUGCACUUCCCAAUGAAACUAUUGGCCCGAUACCGUGGAUCCAUCUGAGCAGCAAGCACUGUCUUUUCGCCAUCUUCGAGAACAGUCCGACUCAGCUUGGGGAUGGCCGGGUCGAAGAGAGGCAAAGGUUCAAAGUCUUGCAGGACCCCGAAGUAAUGGAAGAAUUGGAUGUCAAUGCUCUUUCGGUUGGAGCUCAUCGCGCCCUCGAUCAAGUCUCCAAAGGUCAAGUUCCUUUAGUCGCUGUUGUUGUCAAAGUCCCCAAUAUUGCGAUAAAAUAUCCCAUGACGAAUGGACAGAUAAAGCGUUUCCAGAUACGAUUCACCUGCGAUGAGGACUAUUAUGAAGCCAUGAAGAUGUUUUCCCGAGCUAAUGUCCCCAUGGUCGAGGCAGGAUCUUACCCUGUCCUCAAGCCAAAGACGGCUCCACGACCGGCAUCGUCCACUUUACUAGCACCGAGUGACUCUGUAUCACAGAUCAGGUUGCCUUCGAAAGCUCAAACUUCGUGCUCAACUGGCCCAACAGAUAGUGUAGCAAACGGAUCCAAACUAGGGAUAUCUUCGCUCUACCAUCCGCCUCCUGCUUCGAAAGCUCAAAGCACAAUGCUCCCUCCAAACCAUUUGCCAGAAAGAAUGGACUCUGCUCCAUAUCGUCCUCCAGGACAGCCUACCGUCAUCGAGCAAUGGCAGGUUAGACAAGCUUCGAAUAACCAGCAGGUGGGGCCUCGAUCCAACAUCUCGCUUAGCAUGGCUACAACUCUGGUUCCUGCUGGUGAACAACGCGAUCCCGGUGUUGUAGCUGUUCAGUCCGAAGCUUCCGGCGAUGUCUCACAUUUGGGACCACAAAUGGUUGAUCAUGCCCGGCAGAAGACUGAUCAGAUGGCAUUUCACCUUGCAGCGCCGGCUCCGGUUAAGGAGUUGGAUGUGGACCUAAUCCUUCCUCCCAAGAGAGAGUUACCGUUCCGGAGAACUGGUUCGAGAACAAGAGACAAGGCUACGUCUUCAACUCCAAACCAAGACAUAACGGAGCAAGAUGAGAAGAAGAAGAAUCCAGCCGGACCGGAAGCGGAUGACCUAGGUUCUGUCGCCGAAGCAGGGGCAAAAGGCAAACGAAAGCAGUCUUCUACCAAAACCGAGCCCAAGACUCCAGCUGUCAAAAAAUCUCGCACGACAACGGCACGCAAAAGAGGGAGAGGAAAAAUUUGUCGAGAGGAGACACCGGUCCCCACAGUUGAGGAACUUCUUCGGCAACCAGGAAAUCAUUUGUUGCGACGAAUAUCACAGCAAAGUACCAAAAUUGAUGCCCGGAAGAGAAAGGCAGAGGUUGGGCAAAAGAAGAGCACGGAGAUCUCUAUUCCUGAGUCUCUGUUGCCUUCGCAAGAAGAGAGCUCCCACCCAGCAAGCCCAUCUUUGGGUGGAACUAUGCGCAUGACGAGAUCGAUUUCGAGGUCGCUUGCAUGUGUCUCUAAGCAGGAGAACGAGAAAAAGGACCUGGAGCCAAAAAAAGGACCACCACGCGCACCAGCGGAUUAUGUCAUCGCCCCCCUGACAACUCAGUCAGCAAGACCUGAUACAGAUACAUCACGCCCCCAGAUGAAUAACACAAAUGCUGAUCAAACGCACAAUACAGAGUCAUUCAGUUGCGCAGGCCCACCAUCCGCUCAUGCAUCUUGCCUCGACUCCCUAAUCAGCCAGAACACUCAGUCCUAUCUUGAGUCAGACCCUCAAUUCGCGAAUUCUAGAGAAAGACUUCAAUCGUGGUCCGACAUGCCUGCUCAGACACGAAAUCCCGCUUUGAGAUCGUAUUUUUGUUGUCUCUUGAUGGAUCCAAAUUUUAUUUCCCUAUGCAAGGCUGUUGAUGGAUUUUGGGAAAGGGUGCUGCUGGAACCGAGACUCAAGCAGUAA